GCGAUGUUGCCGCAGCCAAUGUCUAUCAAACGGGGCUUUGCCAGCGCUGCCGUAGCAAAACUGACAGACAUGAAUGCACAACCUCAUCACAAAAGGGUAGUUUUACGUUGGCACGUUAGUGCUCAACUACCAGUUUCUAUUUCUGCUCGUAAGAGAGCACUGCCGUCGAGGUUGUGGAUUGGUUGUGGUCACAGCUAGCGCUGUUGUUUUUGAGGGUCAUGUGCUCAAAACGUCAUUCGUCAAUGAAACUGGACCUUAGGGCAGUAUGCCAUAUUCAACAACAAGUGUUCAAUGAUUUCUAGGUCACAACUGGUGUACUAUGAGGUGUUCUCGUUCAGUGUUUUUGUCUGAAGUGUGAUGCGUACAGUCAUCCCCUGUCUUGACUUCGCCCGAAAUAGAUCGGUGAAUGCAAAACUUGACUAAUGCCGCCUUUCAUACCACAGAACUUUCUGUGGUGAAAGCAUUAUUAUUGAAGACUGCGUUUUCAGCUUGAUCAGUUACCCGUCCCAAGCUUUCGUGGUGAUUGCUAGGAUGUCUACGUCGACCCCGUCGACGUCUUGCCGCAAGAGUUGGGAGUGAGUGUUGACACCACCAUGGCACUUAAGUGCAGGGAUCUUGCUACAGGAGUGACUGAAAACGGCGUUUCAAAUGUAGCCACAGUGCGGACUGUGGGGCGAGGUCGCGUACGCAUGAGGACGUCUGCGAUUUGUGAAGACCUCGCGUUUUUCUCAGCGUGCACUUGAAUAUGUAUACAUGGAUGCUUUUGCAUUGCGUCCCUAAGAAUGUGGCCUCCGCAGUCAAGAUUCGAACCAGCGACCUCCGAAGUGCGUACCCUAUGCAUCAAGCGGUCUGCCAUGCAAACUCUUUGCAUUUAAUUGCGGUCUAGGAAGUUUUGUUUGCCGACAUACAGUUAAACGUAUGCCCUUUGUAUAGUAAACAAAUAAAGAGAAAAUGUUCAGUUUUCCUAAAACUCGACAGCUGUUGUUACAAAUGCGGCGAUCCCAACGAUAGACACGUGUGUACAUUUAAGAUAGUCAAAAGGAGACUUCAAAACCCCUCAAGAUGCAACAAAUGCACCGGCAGCAUCUGGCUGUUGUUGCCCAAGGCGGCAAUAAACAAGUGUCAUUCUAUUAUAGCAUUGCUUUGCAGCUGCAGAGACUGCGCGAUUGCGCACCCUACGUCUUUUCUGCACUGGAUCCAAAUAAACAGUGAAUGGCGCUAGUGUACAACCACUAUGUAGCAGUAAAUAAUAAAUAACAACAAUAUUGACGGCCAAGUUAAAAAGUAUGAGUGAAUAAAAACUAUUGAAAUUACACAGUUAGAAACAGAAUCCACAUGAUUUAAUAGUUGCAUUUCCUUGUUAGCUGAUGGCAGGCGUGCGGCGGCUUGCAUCGAUCGCUGGUUGGCUGGCUACCCACUUGCCCACUCAUUCAAAUUCAAAUCGUCCAGACGGCGGGUGGUUUAAAACGAUCAACGUUUAGUUGAAGCCGUGACGGAUCAGUUAUGCCACCGAAAUGUCGCAAGACUUCGAGACACGCCGCUCUAGUGGACGCCCGUGGUCACCGAAGACGGCGAGUCGUGGACAGAGACACGUAUUACCACCGCCGAAGGACGGCAGAUAUUCUGUGGCGAGCCGAGAUGACCAGCUGCUUCAACGCAUUGCGCUGCCUGGUGCUGCCUUCGUCACCGCGUGGCCGACUGCACCGAUCCAGACGCGCCGUUCUGCAGGCAGCCGUUCAAAGGCUGCGUUACUUAGAAGGCGUGGUAUCUGAGCUGCUUGCGAACGACAACGGCCGUCGAGCAACGCCGCGCAACCUUCGGGAUGUGAGGAGCCAGUUCCGUCGUAGUCUUGAGGCAACUCCGCCGACGAGGCGAAAGCGACGCCAGAGCGAGCAAAGCUCGCCAGAGCUACUGCCAUCUCUGGAAGUGUUGGGGGACUGCGACCAGGAGGCGUUCACGGGUGUUCGCGAACUUGGCGGCGCAAGCAACCGUGGCGAUGCUGCCAUGAGCGUGCCAUCGAGCCCAAGCAUUUGCCAAGUUUGGUGGAGUAACCGCGCGGUGGAGGAGGCCAUCAUGUCGUCGCCGACGGUGCAAAGCCUCGUGGAUAGUUUCUACGACGACGUGCCCCUUCCUACGAAUGGGCUCAACUCUGCGCAGCUCGUGCCCGACGAGGUCAUUGUCCUCGAGGCCGUUCCGCCGUCUGAUUCCGACGACGAACAGUUGGUCCCAUUCGCAACGCUAGCUUCGGACUUUGACUCCAGUAAUUUUGCUGGCGACUCCAACGCGAUAAGAUCAGAAGACCCCUUGCUUAGUUCUGCCAUUGUGCAUACUGCCAAAAGUCCCGAGAAGCAUCUGCUCUUGUGUGAUGAACAUGAUGUUCCCAACUGGCCAGCUGAGCAACUGAUCAUAGGCACCCAAGUAGACUGGGUUCUUGACAUUCAUCUAUAGAUAUAGUAUGCAAACUAUCUGACACAGCCCACAGGCCGGGCAAAGAUCGCUUGUUUUUCUUUGUCUUUGACCACAUCUAGUCCAUGUAACACAUUCUACUUCUGAUAUAAUUCCUGUGACGUUGUUAGAAGCAAUUAUUAUUGCAGCUGUGUUGGCUAUCCUGCUGCUAAAGACACUUGCGGUCCAACUGUGAUCUCAGAUAGGUUUAUAUAUCCAUCGCUACAGUACCUGUAAGCUUAUUAAA